AUGGCUACCAGCGCUCCCUCUGCUGGACAGACUUGGCCAAUCAAUCCCGCUCAGGCCUUCAGUCCUUCGUCGAACCGCUCGAACCGCUCAAGGCAGGUCGUCAGCCAUCACCCUGCCGCUGUCGGCAUCAGCGGCAUCUCGAGAGACGCCGCCAUCCAGACAUCGAUCGCCAACGAUCUCAACCAGAUCCGCAGCGUUCAGGUAUCGAGGCCGGCUAUCGAGGAAUCCGAGCACGUCCGCAGCGGCCGCAUCUCGCCAUCGAAGCCGCGAAGGCACAUCGACAGGAACCUCCUGCUGUCGAUCCGAGCAGUCCAGCUGCAGAAGCGUCCCGAAAGGCGCAGCUCAGAUCGGAGCGUCAAGGCCGAGUCCAGCGAGCCCCCUUCUCGAUUCCUCGGGCCCGACUUGUCCUCGACAAGACCCGCCUCUGCAGCCGCUGCUUCGCUAGCAACUGGCUCUCCCGCCGUCCCCGACGCUGGCGCCGGCGGUGACGACGAAAAGAAGGGCCGGCGUCCUCUGUCAGAGAAGCGCGACUGGUUCCAGCUUGCGGUACGCGGCCGCAAGGCGAAGAUCGUCGCUCAGCAGAUGGAGUCGUCCACGUCUCCCUUGCUCGAUGGCUCCGACGCGGCCGAGCACCGGUCCGACGCCGUCAAGACGGCGGUUGCUCCUGCUGCUGCAACGGCGCCGGCGGACAGCGCAUCCAGCGACCUAUCCCUAUCCGGUCUGGCGGGGCUGCAGACCGAGGUGAUGGGUCCGCCGCCGCAGCUUCCACAGGAUGCCGCCUACCCUCCGCUCGACCCCAUGGCAGAGUACCUGGUCCCGGUCCCCGUCGGCAACAAGAAGAAGCCGGCCGCGCCGCCGCCGAUGCGGCCAACGGCUCCCGAAGACUACGUCGCUCCCGUCGGCCGACACGGAAAGAUGCCAUACGGCCUCGCACUCGCCGUCCAGGAGGCCGAGGCCAAGAAGAGCUCCAAGGCCAAGCAGCCGCAGCCGCAGCAGCAGCAGAAGACCGCCGCAACGCCGACUCUUGGGUUCAAUGGUUCGAUGUUACAGGUUGGGCGAUGCCCGCCACCUCGCCCGGCGCUUUGA